CAUUGCCAGCUAAUAUAUAGCAUAUAUACAAAGAAAAGAAAAUCGUUAAACGAUGGCUUUUGCUUCCAAGUGCGCAAUUGUCGCCGUAGCCUUAUUUGCUUUGCUGCUGACGCAUGGCUUCGAUGUUGUGGAUGCCCGCCGUAACCAAGGCAGCAAUCAACGGAAGACGUCAUCCAGCAGCAGCAAUUCCGGCCAUGUGACCCAAUCCUACAGCAAUCCCAGUAACAAUGGUGGCAACUCGCAUGCGGAUGCCGCCAAACUGAGCUAUUCCAAUUACAAUUCCCAACCGAAUCGACCACCCAAUGCCCAGCCGCCUGCGCCUGGCUGGAAUGUGCCGCAAGGACCCCCGGCUGGAGGUGCCCACUCCAAUGUGCAUCAGCCCAUAACUCCCAACAAUUAUGGUCAGCAGCAUGCAGGAGCACCUCCUAGCUAUCCGGCUGCUGGUGGCUAUCCGGCUGCUGGCGGCUAUCCAGCUGCUGGUGGCUAUCCGGCUGCUGGUGGCUAUUCCGCCGCUGGUGGCUAUCCGGCUCAUGGCGGCUAUAUGAAUGGAGCAAGUGGUGGCUAUCCCGCUGGCGGCUAUCAUCAGCCUGCCGGUGCCCCACCGGGCGCUGUGUACGUGCAGCCUGGCUCAGCUCUACCACCGGGCGCCGUUUUGUUAUCGCAGCCACCGCAGCAAUCUUCCUCCGGCUUGGGCUUCGGCACUGGUCUUCUGGCUGGUGGCUUGGGCGGCGCCUUGCUUGGCCACGCAUUGACUCCAUCUGGUGGCAGCUCCUCGCAACCGGCGGCUGCACCAGCCGCUGCUGCUGGCCAGGAUCGCAUCAUAAUCAUCAACAAUGGCGUGCCUGUGAAUGCCAGCGAUGGCACCACUGUCAUCAACGCCGCGGGCGCACCGGCUGCCCCAAUGAACGCCACCGAUGCACAGUCCGCACCGCCAAUGGCGCCCAUGGCACCUAUGGCCCCCAUGGCCCCUAUGGCCAAUGGCACUGACGCAGCGCAGCAACCGCCGGCACCGGGCGGCAUCAUUUGUGUGCCCACCAAAAUCAACGAAACGGAUCCGACAGACAGCAGCAAGAUGAUCGAAGUCGAGAAGAUCGCCUGCUAUCCGGCACCGCCGCCACCAGCCGCCGCACCCGGCGCUGAGCCCGUGCCGCUGGCACCAAUGGCCACCAAUCAGCCGCCGCCGGCAAUGCUGCCACCCGACCAGGCAGCCGUGCGCUCCAACACCAACGGCGGAGCUCAGUUGCAAGUCUCCAGCUUUGCCAUGUCUAUUGGCCUGCUUGGUGGGCUCCUGUUCCACUUGGCAAAGGCUGCAAAUUAGAAUUGAAUUAGCUGCAAAUGUUUCCAAUAGUCCGCUUUUGCACCUAUUUA